AUUAACCUCUUCUUUCUCUUUCGCUUUCUCUUUCUCUCUUAGAUAUUAAUAUCUGGAGAGUAAUAGAACUAGCUAUCUAAUAGUAAUAUUUAUAUAUUCAACUGAGUAUAUAUAUAUUUCUUUCUUUUUUUUGUUUUCUCGAAAGGGUUAUUAUUAGAAAAUAAUUUAGAGAGAAAAUUAAACCGUAUCAUAAUCCUUAUGAGGAAGAGGCAAGUGGUGGUCAGAAGAGAAGAAAUUUCUAGAAGCAUGGCGGCGGCGGUUCGGAGCGUGAGAUACGGAGAGUGCCAGAAGAACCACGCUGCGGGUGUAGGAGGGUACGCUGUGGACGGCUGCAGAGAAUUCAUGGCCAGUGGAGAGGAAGGUACCACUGCUGCACUCACGUGCGCCGCAUGCGGCUGCCACAGGAACUUUCACAGAAGGGAAGUUGAGGCCUCGAGCACUAAUCAUCAUGAGGUAGUUUGCGACUCGUGUUCUUCUCCUUCUUCAUCCAAUGGAGUAUGAUUAUAUCAAAAUAUAUUUGUGAAGAAAGAAAAAAAAAAAGCUCCUAUAUAUAUAUAUAUAUAUAAAGAGUUCAUUAUAUAUGUGUGUGUCAGUGUGUGUAGUCUUGUGUCCAUGAAGAUGAAGAGUUUAUUUUUUUAAGGGGUUUCUUAUAAAUACUCAUGUUGUGCUGGUUUCAAUUACUAGAUUAUUGUUUAUUUAUUGAAGUGAAAGAAGUGAAAGAGUGCAAGUUUGUCUUGAUUUGAUUCA